AUGUCUGGACGAAAAGGACCUGAUCUGUCAGGCUACAACUAUGGCGCAAUCUCUUCUCUGGUGUUGACCGCAGAUAGGUCUGCGCUGCCGAGGAGAGACAAAGAGCCCGAUGGCGCGCCGACGACUCUGGCAGGUCGCAUUGACCCCAAGGAAAUGGGCUCACGCGUCCAGAGACAGGCCCCCAAGGACCUAGACAAAAAGAAGAAAAAGGCCGCCGACAAGCUCGAAGCAGCGGAGAAGCAGUCGAAACGCAAGGCAGAGCUGGGCGCUGGGUUUGGCUAUGCGGAUAUUAUCGAGGCGACGCAGGACGUCGAGGGUUUGACGUAUCGACCGCGGACGGCGGAGACGCGUGAAGUCUACCAGCUCAUGCUCAGCGCGGUGCAUUCGGCGUUGGGAGACCAGGCGCAGGACAUCGUGCGGAGUGCGGCCGAUACUGUUUUGGAGUCGUUGAAGAACGAGGGGUUGAAGGAUUUCGACAAGAAGAAGGAGAUUGAGGAGGUUAUUGGGCCCAUCUCGAACGAGCUGUUCUCGCAGCUGUUGGGGUUGUCGAAGAAGAUUACCGACUAUAAUGAGGAGGACGAGACGAUGAAGGACCCUGAUGCCGAGAGGAAGGACGCGGAGAUUGAUGACGAGGUGGGCGUGGCGGUCGUGUUCGAUGACGAGGAGGCAGAGGACGACGAUGACGAAGGUUUCGAGAUCAACGAGGGGUCCGACAGCGACGACGACGAGGAAGACGAAGAGGAGGAAGUACCAGAGGGUAUGGACGCCGACGACGAAGAACUCGUCAUUGGUGGUUCGUCAAGCAAAGACAAGAAGGACAAGGCCGACAAGGAUAUCGUUUCCCCUCACUCAGUCGACGGUUUCUGGGUGCAGCGACAGAUAGCAGAAGUCUACCCCGACCCCGUCACUGCCGCCGACAAAGCAGCAGCCGUCCUCAGCAUCCUCGGUUCAGAAUCCAGCGCCCGCGACGCCGAAAAUCAACUUAUGGAGCUUUUCGACUACCAGAGUUUCCACAUCAUCGCCAAAUUCAUCAAGAACCGCGACGUCGUUGUCUGGUGUACGAAGCUUAUGCGAAGCGACGCCGACGAGCGCGUCAACGUGGAGGUGGCCAUGCGGGAGAAGGGUGUUGGUUGGAUUUUGCGCGAGCUGGCUGGAGACCGACAGGCCAAAGCCAAGUCAUCAGACGCCAUGGACGUUGACCAGCCAAAGGUUGUCCCCAAGACCGCCACGCUCGCCCCUGGUUCAACGGUUCAGCCCAAACGAACGAUCGACCUGGAAAGCAUGGUUUUCAGCCAAGGCGGGCACCUCAUGUCGAACAAGAAGUGCAAAUUGCCUGAAGGCUCCUUCAAGCGGAGUAGGAAGGGCUUCGAGGAGAUCCACGUCCCCGCCGCCAAGUCGAAGCCUGUUGCUCCCAACGAACUCGUCCCUAUCGAAAACCUUCCCGCUUGGGCUCGCCCAGCAUUCGGCUCCAACGUUCGCAACCUGAACCGAAUUCAGAGUAAACUCUACCCAGUAGCGUUUGGCACAGACGAGCCUAUUCUCCUCUGCGCUCCUACUGGUGCCGGAAAGGCGAGUACAUCCAUUUUCUAA